CGCCGUACAAAUUGCAAAACAAUUGGAUAUUGUUUAACAAACAAAGUGUUAUGUAUGAAACAUUAUAUAGUGAUAAAUCGUUUUUUUUUCUGUGCGUUUUAUCUAAUCCCGUCAGAUAGUCGAAUGGCGAUAGGCGCAAAGCAAUCUGUAUAAAAUAUCCAACAAACACCGUACACGGUCAGCGAAUGAUCUGUUUAGUCUUCUAUCGACAUACGCACGGUCGUUGUAGGUAACGUAAAUUAAAUAAUAUUUUAUUCUGUUUUUUACACUCCCGUCUUAGGAAGAAGAAAAAAACUAUGAUCGCAACUCGUUGUUUGCUGAAUGGUUUCCUGGUGAUCGCUUUAACCAUGUCCGUCCUACUACACAAUGCGACGGGCACAUCGGCCAGCGGAAGCGAUGACGAAAACGGUGGUGGAGGUGGCGAUGGUGCCGUUGUCAGCGGCGAGGGCACGACGCCGUCACCGUCGCUGAUGGAUCGAGUGACGGGCGUGAUGGACAGCGUCAAGCAGCAAGCUUCCGAGACGCUCGACGGGGCCGGGACCGCGGCCGGAAAUGCGGCUUCUGCCCUGGGCCGCCUUCAGCCGGGAAAAAUCAAGCCGGCGUCGGAAGUAGGCGGAGGCGGAUUGCGCGCGCCCGAGAAGAAACUUCCGUCCGGCGAUAACGCGAUGGGACGGCUGCAGGAGACCAAGGGGCGCACCGUGGCCGCGGCCAAGAAGGUGAUGGACGAGACCAUACACAAGCUGCAGUCGACCGUGGACGACAUACGACUGACGAUCAGCGGCAACGACCGGGACGACGUAGGCGGCGACCGGAGGAUAAGCAACGCGCUGGACGGCCUGCUCCGGGCCGUCGGCUCGGAAGGCAAGGCGGUGUUUGAGUACGCGUCGGACGUCAUCAACGAGACGGCUGACCGGGCCAAGGCGGCCGUCGACAAGGCCCAGCAACAACAACGAAAGCCACGGCCCAACCAACGAUAAAUCAUUAAACAUUGUUUCCGGUUACGCGAUUUCCUGUUUUAUGCGACAUUGUUCACGAUAUCUUAUGCCUACGUCGCGCUAUACUAUUACUAUUUACGUGCCAUCCCGCGACACACUGUCCGUCGACUAAUAUUUUGUAUACACGAUAACGUGUAAUCGUCGAUUGAUAAUAUUACAAUAAAUACCCUCUCCAAAAUA